AUGGCUGGAUUAACCGCCAGCCAGCGAGAAUUAGGCUGGAACGUUAGGAUCCUGCUUAAAUCAGGUGUUGUAUCUUGUUUUGCCGGCUUCUACCAGCAGGAUGGCCUUGUUACCGUCGCAGAUGUUCGGCGGGAGCUUGAGCUUUGCUUUGUCCUCGACCAACAAGCCGGUCACCCCGCUCUGAUACCUCGCGCUGCCCAUAACGACGGGCCGAUUUUCAUGAUUACCCUCAACGAAAAUGAUCUUGCAGCAUUCCCGACACCUCCGGCCCACCAGAAAGCCGAAUACUGGUAUAUCCAACAUGAUCCAGCGCAAUGCGCCGACGCGAGGCAGUACCACUCUUUGACAAGUCCUUGUGUUCGACCAGCCGGCCGGCCGCCGCGACGAACUGACCCACGAUAUAUGCCUAUUGGCAGAUCUUCCGACAACCCCUUCAUCAAGACUGUGCCCAUUCGAGGGAAGAAGCGACCUCGCACCGCGUCCAGUUCUCCGAGCCGAUCACCAUCUAAGGGCGUUGAUGACAUAUGUGAGAAUGACGAGUUUCCCGAAACAAUCAUACCGAGAGAGGAGGCUACCGUGAUUAUGAGCGAGUUCCGGCAGAACGUUGUUGGGGCGGGACCACUACGCUGUGCGAUUACGGGAAAAGGCAGCGCCUGGUGGGCGAAUGGCCUGGGACCGGCCGUUCAAGCUGCUCACAUUGUGCCACAGAUUCACUGGAACGUCUACCCGUAUGAGCAAGGAGCACCUCCUCAAGAUGACACUGCUGCAUUACGGGAUGCGUGGACACAGACCUGGCACAUGUCUAAUGGGGUACUUCUAUCCAGCCACAUCCACCAGUGCUUUGAUGCUCGGAUCUUGUCAAUCGAUCCAGACACAAGGCGAAUUCGAGUGUUCAUGCCGUACGACAUGAUUACCGAGUACCAUGGCAAAUCAGCGACUCUGCCGGAGGAGACUGACCUCCAAGCAUUACGACACCACUAUGAUAUGUGCUGUUUGGAAAACAUGGCGGCAAAGAAGCAGCCCGGACUGUCCACAUGGGUGCGCUUUAAAUCCCCAGCGACGGCCAUGAGCCCUGUCACCCCGAGUGCAGACUCCCCUGGGGAUCCCAGCAAGAAGGUCCAGAAACCAGACACUGCUAGCGGUCAAGGGGCUGCGGGUGAGCAGGACUCUAAGGAUAGCCUAGGAGAUACCGGUCAGAAGGACAUUGAUGAAGAUGGCAAGCGCGUAGACAUUGGAAUGCAGGAGCGGCCAACGCAACAAUGGUCCAUGCGACAACCUCUGAGUCCUCCGUCUAGUGAAUCGGGGUGCAAGACUUGGCGGCUUGGAGGGGUACUCCUCACGGAUGAGCGACGAGUUGAACAGCUUCGGAGCAAAGGGUGGCUUAUCCAUGAAGUGGGAAGUCAAGCGGACGAUUGGGCUUCAGAUGGCCAGAGCUCUGAUGAGGAGGAGCAGCGCGGUCGGCCUAGGAAACGGCGAUGUUUUAUGCCAGACUGA